AUGGCGGUUCUGUUACCGUCCUCACCCUCGCCCUCGAACUGCGCAACCUGCAGAAAUAUCCACAAGCUCUUUUACGACCCAGAAAACGCCCAAACAGUCAAAUUGGGCUCCUUUGAAGAAGCCCUCUCGGACCCUUGUGACGGUCACAAGUCUUUGGUUCAAGCCUUUGUGGCGAAGUGCCGACAUGAUGAGUAUGGAGAAGGCCCCGAGGAUCUGGGGAUUGAGCGCGGCGACGACAACGCCACCGUUCAAAUUGUUGAUUCUGUCAACUAUUUCGGACCAACCUCGACCUGGGACCUGCUCCUGGCCAAAAUCACAUCCGGACAGGAUCACCCGGGAACAGGCCGGGUUCUGGAUCCCGACUGGGUUGAUUUGGAAAGGCUGAGACAGUGGAAACACGACUGCCUAACACUGCAUGGGGAAUCGUGCCACAACCCCAUGAGGAUAUGGGAUACACGGCCUGCGUGGCUUGUCGAUGUCAAACAGAGGUGCCUCGUGCCCGGUCGCCAGGCUGGUGGGUAUGUAGCGCUGAGCUACACCUACGGCGCAUACAGAGGGAUGCAUAUAGACGCGGGCAUGCUCGUUGCUCUUCAGGAACCGCUGGCCCUCGACAGACCGGAGAUCGCUCGGCUGGUUCCACCCAUCAUCCGGCACGCGAUGUACCUGACUUGGGUCGUUCAAGAGCUCCAUCUAUGGACGGACGCGCUAUGCGUUCCGCACCACGAUCCCAAAAUCACCCAAGCCGAGCUCAGGAUGAUGGGGGCCAUCUAUGCCUCUGCCGUCGCGACCAUCGUUGCCGCGGAUGGAGACGCCAGCGUUGGUUUGCAGGGGCUCCGGGGCGUAUCCGAUCCGCGGAGACUGGAACAAAACAUGUUUCCUGUCGGGAACGAGCGGCUGCUCGUCAGGAACGCUGCGGCCUUUUCUACAAAACGGGGGCUUCCGUACUACGAGCGGGGAUGGACCUACCAGGAGUACAUGAUGUCUCCACGUCGUAUAAUCUUUGAAAGCAAAGAGAUACACUGGGAAUGCUCCUGUAGCGUCUGGCAUGAGGAGCUCGUCUACGGAGCCGAGGCGGACAAGUACAUCGAGCCACGCCUGAAUCUUAUCCUGUCUGGGUUUCCGGAUUUGGAUGCUCUCUCACACAUCAUUGCCAUGUAUAACGACAUGAGACUGCGACACGAAGACGAUGCCCUUCCAGGCGUGACGGGACUGCUCUCAGUUCUCAGUCGUUGUUUCAAGGGGGGCUUCCUCUACGGCAUUCCCGUCAUGUUUUUCGACCGGGUGCUCGGCUGGAAGCCGUACUAUGCACAUGUCAACCUCCUUCGUCGUACCGCAUCCAAAAGACCUGAAGAGAACCGCCUGUCGCCGGCGGGUCUCCCGUCCUGGUCGUGGAUCGGCUGGCAGGGGCUUGUAUCCUGUGCCGACGGGGAGGCGACGAAAAUCAGCAGCGAGGCCACACGGCGCGAGGAAACCAUACCAAUAACCAAAUGGUAUACAGGCCCGUCGCCGAAAACCCCACCGUCAAAAAGACAGAGGAUCAGAUCGACGUGGUUUGAAGAUCGUGACAGCUACAAAAAUACCACAAAGCCGCUGCCGCCGGGAUGGACACGGCACGAGUUCCCAACCACGGGACCUUGGAGCGAAAAGGUUUUCCUCUAUCCGGAUGGAUGCGGCCGAUCCUUUUAUACGCACGCCGCCACGCCGCCGGGUCUUGACCUUGGUGACAUGUGGCACUAUCCGUUCCCUGUUGCGGAGAUCAACGACACGACGCCGCCUUCCCUGCCGGAACAGACGGAAUAUCUCUUCUGUGAAACUAGCAAGGCAUCACUCUGGGGAUAUCAGGCUGGAGAUUUCAACGCCGUAACCUUGGUCGACGGUCAACGCAACGUUGUUGGUUCGCUGGUGCUGCACAACGAUGACUUUUUGCAUCGGUUUCCUCCAAGCCCAUCAGAAGAGAUUCUAGGUCUGCAGGUUGAACUGGUGGCUAUUCACAAAUCACGAAUCUACGAAAAGACUUGGGAUGCCGACAAGCAGAGGCACGAGCUCCCACCAAGAAAGCAUGACGUUUACGUUGUUCUCUGGGUGGAUUGGAAGGACGGCGUUGCGUAUCGACUGGCACGUGGCGAGGUGGCGGCUGACGCGUGGGACCAUUUACCGCACGAAAACAUCUCACUAGUCCUUGGAUGA